CUUCUUCAAAAAUUUCUUAGCUACGUCGAGAUUUUCGACCACGGAGAUUGCACGAGCAACUACUGAAUUAGUAGACUAUGCUUGUACUAUACGUACAUGCGUUGGUGCAGAUAUAAAUACAAAGGUCGUAUGCAUAUAUUUCAAUGAUUUUGUUACAUUCUGCGAUAACGAUGCUUUAAUACAUUUAUUAUAAUUGACAUUAUACGUAUAUGUACAACCAUAAAUUAAUAUUCUAAUAAAUUAUUAAUUCUUUUGUAAAAAAAAAUAUAUGUACUUCUGCAUAUGUCACUUUAAUAUAUGCAUUGGGAUAAAUACGUACCAAUUAUUAAAAAAAGAGCUGAAUUAUUAAAGAAGAGUAUAAUAUGACACGAUAAAAUAACAAUGUAAUAUAGUAACUAAGAGCACAUUCCAAGAAUAUAAUAUAGUUUAUAGUAAAAUUAGGAAUAAGAAUGGAACAAUCUCCUCGUAUGGGACUAAAGUACAAGUACUGAACACGAUUUCUAUCGCCAAAACGAGAUUAAUUAUAAAUAAAAAAAUUAAUUAAUUAAUUAUACCAAAUAUAACGUCCGCUGUCGUCCACUAUAUACGUCCACUAUUCCACUAUCAAUCUGUUAGAUUACAUUCAUAGUUCAGGUCAAGAUAACGAAAUUCAAAAUACAGGGUGCAUCAUAGUAUGUGAGACAUACUUCAGGAGUGGAAAAGAGGUUUCAACAUUAUGAAAAAAUUUCAUAUGAACAUGUAUUCUAUUUGUUUUAAAGUUAUAGCCAUUUUUGUGUUUCGAUAGUCCAACUGCUUACCUCCGCGAUUUCCUCAUAAAUGAAUAGGUCGUGCAGAUCUACUGUCUGGCCUGUUCGUUCUCCUCAUUUAAAUCCAUUAGAUUUUUAUUUCUAGGGUUACUUGAAAACAAUCGUGCAUCCGACCCAUUGCCAGUGUUAAAGUACUUCGUGCACGUAUACAACAAGAUUGCCGAUACACUCAACAAAUGCCUGGAAUUUUUGAAAGAUUGCAAGAUUCUUCGAUACGACAACUGCAAGUUUGCAUGUAGAUUGAAAAUGGCCAUUUCGAGCACUUUCUAUGAAAGUAAGCAAUUGCGGAUUAUCGAAACAUUAAAUUGAACUUUGAAACAAGAUCAAACCUUUUUCAUCAUUUCUCUGCCUAUUGUCCAUUUCCGAAGUGCGUUUCACAUAUUAUGAUACACCCUGUACACGUAUAUUUCACAUGCGAUAGAACUUUCUGGCCAAAUAGAUGAAGAGGGAAAUAUGUUUCGACUAUUUCAAUAACACGAAAGAAUUUUUCUAUCGUAUUUUUAUGUAUUUAUAUUUAUUAUUUAUUUAGUAUUUAUUAUUAUAUCAUAUUUUUCUAUCAUAAAUACAUAAAAAUCCGCAGUCUACUAAUUUAUGAAUAUUGUGGAUUAGAUUCUUAAGUAGCUUAUCGUAAUGGAUUCUAUCCAUCUAGUUCGGUUUAUCUAUCACCAGUUAUUUCGUCUACUUUUCAUGUAACUGUCAGCGCUAGCCCGAUUCGAUACCUGAAUACCGAAUACUUACUACUGUUUUGUCGAAGAAAGUUGAAAAUAUCUCCGAGCGCGCAUGUACAUAGCGUUGUAAAUAAAGGGGAUAAAGCCCAGUGGGAAGAGAGCGAGACGGUCACAGAAGUAGAGGAUAGAAAGAAAGAUGAAGCGGCGUGGUCGGACAGAAAUAGAAAAGCAGCACGAAAAUCAUUUAGUCGUGGCCAGCGUGUAUCUAAUCCCCCCAGUUUCGGGCAUUGUUUCUCUAUCUUAAUUCGGUGUGCAAAUAAAAUGACGCGCGUCCCGAUAAGAUCUUCCUUGAAAAGUCGAGAUUCCAGUUCGUCGAUGACCGAUCCGGAUCUCAGGGAACGAAUAAAGGAUUAUUGCCGAAAAUUUGUCGCCUUCAUGUGCACUCAGGUUGGCGUCGGUGGACUGGUGGUUGGUUACGCCAUAAUAGGUGCUUUCGGUUUUAUGAUGAUAGAGUCUCAGAGCCAAAUCCCAUCGACAAUCUGCAUUCGAGAACUAAUCAGGAAACAAUUCGCCGAAGAGCUGUGGCUCAGUACUGCCAGCAAUCGGACUAUAAAUAUCUUCGAUAAAACGACAUUUCACACGGUGUCUAACCGAAUUUUGCGUCGUUACCAAGACAACUUCACCGGUGACUACAGGAAAGAGAACUGUAGUGGCUUAACGGCAACUGAUCUGUGGUCCUUUCCAGCAGCCAUGAUGUUCUGCCUUUCUGUGUUCACGAUGAUCGGUUAUGGGACUCUGGUGCCUCAAACUCCCUGGGGAAAGGCGGUUACUGUUAUUUACGCCGUGUUAGGAAUUCCUCUUUACGUUCUGUAUUUCCUUAACAUGGGUAAGGUAUUAGCGCAAACGUUCCGCUCGCUGUACACGUGGCUGCACGAGUGCACCGGCAAACGAAAGCCUGGCCAGAGGAUCACGGUGCCGUCGACAGCGUGCCUCUGGGUAAUCUUCGGAUACGUGUUAAGUGGUUCGAUAAUGUUCGCCGAAUGGGAAGGCUGGGAUUAUUUGGAUAGCGCUUAUUUUUGCGUAACGUCGCUGUGCAAAAUUGGAAUGGGCGAUCUCGUGCCUGGGUGGACACACGGCGAUCUAACCGCUGAUAGCCAAACCAAAUUGAUAAUAAAUUUUGUUUACUUGUUGCUCGGUAUGGGACUGAUCGCUAUGUGUUAUGACUUGAUGAAAGAGGAUGUUUACGUGAAAGCUCGAGAAAUGAAAGAACAGUUCCUGGAGAUUGUUGAUGCCACUCAUUACCAGCUCGAAAUGUGCUGCAAAUCAGAAGUACUGAAUUAAUUCUAAUCAACGCUUUCGUCGUUCGACGAUUAAGCACGAAUGUCUUUCAGAAAGGUAAUUCUAACGAGACGUAUAUUUAGAUAUAGGUAUGUUGUAAAAUUCUACAUACGUGUAUUAAAUAUAAACUAAAGAUUCAUAUAUCGGACGUAAAUUUAUAAGAUUUUGGAUUAAAACGUUCAUUUUUCUUUCUUUAUUUAAUUCUCGUCGCGUUAAAAAAUCGAACAAUAUUGGCAGGAGCAAUAAUGUUAUUUUGUAACAAAUAUAAAUUACGAGUUUUAGAAAUUAACAUAAUUGUAAUAUGUAAAUUUAGUUUAUUUUAACAUUUAUAAGCAGUCUUACAACUUUACCCGAACUUUUGUCAAUUCCCCUUUUUAUACUUGUACGUGAUGAUAUUAAUAAUAAUCGAAACCGUCUGUUCCAUCUAGAUCUCUUUUUAUCUGUAAAUAUAAUUCCAGUUCUUUUUCCACUGUACACAUCGUUUUACAAAAUCUGAUCGAUACUCCUUAUGUCUUAUUAUCAACGCAGGCUUCUGUUUCAAUUCUAAUUAAUCGAUAUUCUUACAAGUUUGGAGGGUACGACAGAUACUUCUAGGAUUCCUGAAACACGAAAGCGUCAAGACUAUAAUCUCUAGGAUGAGUUUCAAUUCUACUUUUGUGAGCAAUUUACAUAAUAUGAUACACGAGCUUGGUAGUACACAAAAUUGGAAUAAACUCAGUACUUUAAAUAUUCUCUAUUAUUGUCAAUGACUGUCUUCCAUCUUGCAGGCAGUGUAGCAGUAGAAAAAUAGCUUUAAUACAAUAAAGUCUUCGAUGUAUGUAUUUUCGUGCAUCACCGGGUGUGUUUAAAUGUUGAUCAGUAAAAUGGUGUUGUAACGAUCUAAACAAACAAUAAUAUCAUUUGGUGCUACGUGUGCAGAGUAUGUGCAAAGUAAAAAUGUGCAAUUCAAGCUGAAAAUUAGAGAUAUAUGGAAAUGAUAAAACACACACAGAUACACACAUAUAAAAGUAUAGAUGUAUAUGAUAAUUAUAAAAUUUGUAGCCUUCUCACAAAACGACUAAAAUCUACAUUAGAUUCUAAAUCAUUUCUUUAAUAAAUGUUUCUAUUAUAUUAAGACUGGACAGUUCUACCUAUUUACUUACUUACAAUUACUCAAUCUAAUAAUUCUUGAAAUAAAAGGAGUUUUUCAUAAAAUGAUUGUGUUUUAUAAAAAAAGAAAAAGAUAUAUUACAGAAAGAAAAUCAAAUCAAAACUAAUUGUUUACCAUGAAUUGCAAGAACAAACAAUGUAGUGUAAGUGCUUAUAUAAAUUAUGUACGAGUAUGAUUAGCGCCCGAUCUGUACCACUAGAUGCCAUCAUACAAACAUUUCACAUGUUACCUCCUUUAUCAAAUAAACAGUAGUAAUUGAAACGCUGAUAGAAUAAUAUGUGUCCCUGUGCUGUACAAUUAAUAAAACUUUGCAAAUCUUACAAUAGUACAAUAAUAUAAAUAAAGUUCACGUCUAAUUAAAAUUUAGAAGGAUUAAUAAAGAGGCAUCAAAUCAGUGGUCCCGUAGGUCACGAAUUAUUACAUAUCCGAUAAACACAUGCGCUUCUACUAACAAAUCUAGUAGCAAACAAUUUAUAUCCAUCCCAAUGAUCUGAUUAACUAGGACAUUCAAUAAUCUACGAACAAAUAUACAAUGGAGUCCCAAUUAUCCGACGUGAUGUAGACCGGACCUACUCGGACAAUACGGAAAAGUCUGUUAUUGUUCAUAAAUCGUAUAAUAAAAUCAUAGGAAAUAUUUUCAUAAUAUAAUAUUGUAUAUGUAUUUAGGUGUUAUUCACCGUUUAAUCGGUGAAAGUUUGAUCAAUUGCUUUCGCAAUACCUGACCAUUUACACUUUUGUACUCUUCAUGUUAAGAAUCCGAAAAAAUUAAAGUUAUGGUAAAGUUCAAGGCACUUUGGACAAUACAGGACAUCGGUUAAACCGGAAGGACUUGAUAAACCGAGACUCCACUGUACGUAACUUUAGACCCUCAGACUAUCAAUAUAUAUAUCGUCAAUAUUUCAAGGUUCUGAAUUAAAGAAAUCAAUGCGAAUUGUCAAUACAAUACUGCUAGUGUUAUACAGUGAUGUUGAGAACCCUGAAAUAUUGACGAUAUUAGUGAUUGUCCGGGGACAGCCUUAGGCAUGAACUACUGGCGAAUAUGCCUACAAGCUCUUAUUCUAAUUCGUUAUGUCAAUUUGCCGGAUGUUCUCAUGAGGAAACCGUAAAUUAUCCCAAGGAAAAUAAAAAGAAAACGAUAAACUCUUGUUGAGCGCGCUUCUUUUUUCAUUUGCUCGGGCCUGAUUCGUCCGAAGAUUUCUUAAAAGAAUACUCCAUAUGACAUUAUACAUAAUAUAUAAUAUACAAAUAUAACUAAUCACAAGCGUACGCAAAAUUUUAUCUGCGCGCUGUGAUUAACGAUUAUAUAUAAAGAAUCACUGUAAGCAGAGCCUAUUACAAUUCGCCAUACAAUUCAAUUCUUUAGUCUUUGCUUAUCAGAAGUUCUAAAAGUUCUUUAACUGGUAUGAAUAUAAUACGAUUCCUCCCGUUGUAAAAGCCUUAUAUUCUCGAAUAUAAAUUUACUUAGGAAACCGAAGUCAUUAUAAUUCUACAAAUCAUUUAACUCACACAACAAGUUUAUUUAAAGAUUUCAACCUCCUAUCGAAAUUGGCGCAACAUUUUCAAUAAAGAAGAAGAGUAAGGGAAAAAGGACAAGGAAUAUCACAAAAUACUUACAUAUUUCGAUCUCAGUUAUUUAUCAAGUAUUUUCAAAAACCAAAACUAACAUUCGAACGAUCAACAUAACAUGUCACUAAUACAGCAUGUAUGUAUGCUAUACUAAUAUAGCAGUGCGAUGAAUGUGACGUUGGAUUGUGUGUGCAUACCUGCUUUAAAACUUAUGAUAUGCAAACAUAUUACUGAAUUACACCUAUCAUUAUUAGAUAAUUUCCAAUAAACAACUCAAAGUGAAGAUUUAUUACUGGAUUUAUUUUAAAAUACAGAACAAAGAUUCAAUAACAUUCCCUAUAUCCGAAACAUACUUAAGUUCUCUACUGUUGGUUCUACUGUUCCAACAAAAUACUCUAAGAUUUUACGGACUCACUGGGAGCUCCGAAAACGUGAGACAUUCUUAAUGUGAAUGGUGUGCACUAAUAGCACGAUGACCUGUUUGUUAGUGGCAUACUUGUGACUAGUUCCGCCAUCGCGAAAGGGUUAAAAAAGAUAUAUCAAAAACAAAGCAAUGCAAAUAGUUAAUCUUUAUUAUAUAUGUAUUUAUAUAUCGUUUCUAAAAUUUGUAUACUUUUUUGUAUGAUAUUUGAUUAUUAACCUAUUUGUCUAUUAAUCAAUGAUAUUACCUGUCAU